GAGCUGUCCCGUCCCUCUCGCUCCCAUCGGCCUCCCUCUCGCUCCACCCCACUCCACCUUGCUGCCUCGCACAGCCGCACGGCACUCGACGCUCGCUUCCUCGGCGCACCUCACGCCGCCGCACCCGCCUGCCUGGCGCACCUUGCUUGCUCGAGCGCCGCUCCGUCUCGCUCCGCCUCGGCCGUCCGCCGACCCGCGGCCGCAGCCAUGUCGUGGAAGCUCGGCAAGAAGCUCAAGGAGGGCGCGCUCGGCGGCCGCUCGCCGUCGAUGUCGACGGGCACGCCUGGCGGCGCCUCCAUCGACCGCUCCGCCACGCCCACUCCCGCCACGGCCUCGAGCUCCUCGUCGGCGGGCAACCCGCUGGCCUCGUCGACGGGCGCGCCCAUCUCGCGCUCCGGCAUGCUCGCGAUCCGCGUCAUCGAUGCGCGUGGCCUCUCGCUGCCCAGCGGCGUGCCCGUGCCGCCGACGAUCGCCCGUGCGCUCACCGCCGAUGCCUCGGGCCAGAUGGGCUCGCUGGCCGGCAGCGGCGCAGGCAACCGCGCAAGCCUGCAGCGGAGACAGGCCUGGUGGCUGCCGUAUCUCGUGCUCGAGUUCGACAGAAACGAGGUGCUCAUCGACGCCGUGGGCGGCGAUCUGCAGGGCCCGACGUGGAUGUACAAGGCGCACUUCGAUGUGUCGCGCAACUCGGAGAUCUCGCUGCAGUGCUACUUGCGCUCGGGCGACGGGCCCCGCGCCGGUGGCGGCGCUGGCGGCUCGGGCAACGCAGACGCCAAGGACGGGCAGGGAGACGAUGUGAUGGGCGUCAGCGACAUCUACCUCGGCGGCGUCAAGUGGGUGCCCGACUUUGACAAUCAGCGCACGACGGACGAGUGGUACCCCGUCAGCGGCGGCUCGGGCCAGAUCCACGUGCACGUCUCGUACCAGAGCGACCACACGCCCUCGUCGCUCACCAUGGACGCAUUCGACCUGCUCAAGGUCAUCGGCAAGGGCAGCUUCGGCAAGGUGAUGCAAGUGCGCAAGCGCGACACAUCGCGCAUUUACGCGCUUAAGACGCUGCGCAAGGCGCACAUCGUCUCGCGCUCCGAGGUGACGCACACGCUGGCCGAGCGGACGGUGCUGGCGCAGGUGAACAACCCGUUCAUCGUGCCGCUCAAGUUCAGCUUCCAGAGCCCCGACAAGCUCUACCUCGUGCUCGCCUUCGUCAACGGCGGCGAGCUGUUCCACCACCUGCAGCGCGAGGGCCGCUUCUCGGAGGAGCGUGCGCGCUUCUAUGCGGCCGAGCUGCUCUGCGCGUUGGAGCACCUGCACGGCUUCAACGUCAUCUACCGUGACCUGAAGCCCGAGAACAUCCUGCUCGACUACACUGGGCACAUUGCGCUGUGCGACUUCGGCCUGUGCAAGGUCAACAUGGGCGACUCGGAGACGACAAACACAUUCUGCGGCACGCCCGAGUACCUCGCGCCCGAGCUGCUGCUGGGCCACGGCUACACGCGUGCCGUCGACUGGUGGACGCUGGGUGUGCUGCUGUACGAGAUGCUGACGGGCCUGCCGCCUUUCUACUCGGAGGACGUCAACGAGAUGUACCGCAAGAUCCUGCAGGACCCGCUGCGCUUCGGCGACGAGGUGCACUCGGACGCCCGUGCGCUCCUCACGCUGCUCCUCAACCGCGACCCGGCACAGCGUCUGGGCAGCGGCCCCAACGGCGCCGCCGACAUCAAGGCGCACCCCUUCUUCGCAAAGCACAUCAACUGGAGCAUGCUGCUCGCCAAAAAGGUGCAGCCGCCGUUCAAGCCGAGCGUCGCCUCUGCCAUCGACACGAGCAACUUCGACCCGGAGUUCACCAACGAGCCCGCCGUCGACUCGGUCGUGGACGACAGCCACAUGCUGAGCGCCACGGUGCAGAACCAGUUCUCCGGCUUCUCGUGGAACGGCCGCGGCGAGAUGAGCGAGUCUCUGCGCGACUGAGGGGCGCACUCUGGACGGAUUGCCGCCAGUGCCGCACCAGCGCUGUGCCGGGCGAUCGUCUCUGUGGCUGCCUGUCUCCCUCUUCUCACCUCUCGAGCCCCGUGACACACUCUCCUUUCUGAUCUGCCUCUCACCCCGUCCUGUCCGCGCGUCCACGUCUCGUACACAAGAACUCUUUACCCC